AUGGUGGGCGGGUUUAUUAACGAACGAUAUCGAGAUAAUCCUGAGUGGGACGAUAUUGCUCCAAUACCACUUACGGAUGACGAACAAGCGGCUGUCAAAAUUGCAACUACUGAUGCUUUCAAUGAUGCAUUCAUGUAUUUACGAGCUGUGGUGCUUAAAAAUGAGAUGUCUGAACGAGCUUUCAAGUUAACCGAGAAAUGUGUUGACUUGAAUCCAGCAAAUUAUACCCUUUGGCAAUAUCGUCGCGCCUUGUUGAAAUCGUUGAAUAAGGAUUUGAAUGAAGAAUUUAAUUUCAUUUCUGACGUGAUCGAAGCUAAUCCGAAGAAUUACCAAGUCUGGCAUCAUCGUCAUAUUUUGGUUGAGUGGACAAACGACUACAGUCGAGAAAUUGAAUUCACGUCACGAAUGCUUGAAGAAGAGGCAAAAAAUUAUCAUGCAUGGCAACACCGCCAGUGGGUUGUUCAGAAAUUCAAAUUGUUUAGUCAGCGCGAAUUGGAUUAUAGUGCCGGACUUUUGAUUGAAGACAUGCGAAAUAAUUCAGCUUGGCAUUAUCGAUACUUUAUACUUCAGGGAUUAGACGCAUUAAAGGAUCCCGCUGUGUUUAACCGCGAAAUUUCGAUGGCUCAGUCGAUGAUCACCAAAGCUUCAGAUAAUGAAAGUGCGUGGAAUUAUUUGAGUGGGAUGCUUCUGCAUAGUGGAGUAUCUUCACGAGCUGAUGUUAUGCAAUUCUGUGUAGAAUUAAGUAAAAAGAAGCGUGUUCCACUUUGCCUUAGUUUCAUAGUUGAUAUGUUGAUGGAAAAAAUCGAGAAACAAGAAGAAAUGCUGGAAAGUGCUGAACAAGCGCUGGAAAUUCUGCAAGAACUAAAGGAGUUGGAUCCAAUAAGAAAAAAUUACUGGGCUUAUAACGAGAAGCUUAUCAAGAAUCGUGUCGAAAGAGAGUAA